AUGAGGGAGGAUGGCAACCUCGCAGUCAGGCCACCCCCGGUGAUAAAGGUCGAUAAUGAGUUGGGACACCGAUUCCCGGGCACCGUCCUCCAGAUACAGAUAAACAGACACUCUCCAAUCUGGCCUACAAGUCCGGGCGACACUGGACUACGUCGACCGAGCGAAGAGCUUGCUUUCGGACGCCUUAGUGUUUCUCGUAUACUACAUCCUCGCGGACAAGCCUUAUGA